AUGCCGGACGAUUCCUUUGUGAUUGAUCAUAAGUUAUUGUACAAUGAUUUGGUUGGACUGAUUUGUGAAAGAGUGGGGUGGAAUAGAAAGAAUGUGAAUUUGAAUCUAUCGAUUUUGUAUGAUACGAUGCGCAAUGGUUUUAGGCGUAUCGCCAAAAUCAAGGACGACGCAUCGUUGCAAGUGUUGUAUUUCCUCCCAAGUUCGACAUAUAUUGAUUUGUAUGUAGAUUUGGAGGUGGCGGGUACAUCUAGGUCCCAUUUGGAAGUAGGGACAACUAGUGGUAGGCCGAAUGUGGAGAAUGUCGAUUACAUGGAAGAUGAUGAUGUGGGUGGACCGUUUAUGGAGGAUGGCGAUCACAUGGAAUAUAAUCACGGUGAAGAUGAUGAGGACUACACAUCGAUAAGUGAUCAAAGCGAUGAAAACCAAUCAAUAUCCGAAGGAAGUCGGGAGAGUGAUGAAGAGGUCGAAGACAAAUUCGCCACAAAGGAUAGGCACAUAUAUCGUUCACAGGGUACAUGGGAUCAUACAAAAGUGGACAAGGAUGAUUUUCAACUUACCAUGUGGGACGGGACAACCGCAACAAUUGGGAUAGGGACUUGUUUCAAGAAUAAGGAAGAAGCAAAAAGUGGUAUUGCAGCGUGGAACAUAGAGCAAAAGAGAGAGUUUUAUGUGAAGGAAAGUGAUGGUUCAACAUGGUCUAUUUGGUGUAAAUCCCUAAAAGAAUCAACCCCUAAGGGUUAUGUUCCUUGCCGUUGGAAGGUUGAGUUGGACCCAGAUUAUGAAGUGAAGGUCGUUCAGGAAGAAGUGAAAGACCGUAUGCAUGUCGAUGUUCCUUACCACAGGGCAUGGGAGGGAAGGAGAAAAGCUAUCGAUCUUGUUUACGGCGACUGGGUUUCUAAUUUUGACAUACUUCCAAGUAACUUGGUGGCGCAGUUUCGAAGUAAAAAGAUCAAAAGGUUGUGUUGGGAGAUGGGCACGAAACUUUCUAAGUCUAAAUUCAAAGAACUAAGGAAUGAGCUACGUGAUUUUAGCAAUGAUGCUUAUUUGUAUCUCGAGGAGGUUGAUGCUUGUCAGUGGACUCUUGCCAAAGACAAACACUAUCGUUGGGGUAACCAGAUAACGAACAUUUCUGAGAGCUACAACAACGUCCUCAAGGGCGUUCGUUUCUUGCCAAUCCGAGCUUUGGUGGAAGCCACUUUUGUUAAGACUGUGGAUUUGUUCCAGGAAGAAUACGUGAAGUCGAGGAAAUGUAUUACUCCGGUCCCAACUGACUUGUGGGAAGACUUCAAGAAAAAAGAAAAGAAAACCGCGCAACACAAAGUCAACCGUUAUGGUGCUAUUAAUGGCAAGUUCAAGUUAUGGGUUUGGGAGCGUAUACCAAGACUUCAACCAAAGAGGAAGGUUAAAGAUGAGAGUUACUUGGUGCCGGACGCACCAUUAGGCAAUAGGUGGAAAUGCCCAAAAUCCAAAGCGAACAUCGCCGCUCAUUGUGUUGCUGGCAUCAUGGAUCAGUUAUCUAGCCUAAGGGAUGGGGAUCACGUGGUCCCUCAUGAAUUGGGUGAUCCGGAACUAGGUCCUCAAUGCACAUCGAACUACAUGCCGUGGUUUCAAAAGAAGACUAUCAGAUUUAUGACUGAUCUCACUCAAUACGGCCCUCUGGCACAGGGUUAUCACUCGUCUUCAUCUCUGGAGAGAUUUUAUUCUUCAAAUCUCAGCGACAUAUAUCAUCUCGCUGAUGCAGCCUUACGGGAAAAUCCAAGCCUCGGUGGUAGUCUAGAGGAUAAACUCUUCCAAAUCUUUGAUAAGAGUUUCAGUGCCCUGACUUUGGGCCCACGUGAUAUGAGCACUCAGUUCGAUACUCAAGUUCUUCAGAAAAGACCCCAUGAGUCAAGUCAAAAUGUGGUACUCACGCAGAAAACAACAUCAAAGCCUACUGGAGGAGGAAGGAGGAAGCGACCGGAAAUUUCAGAUCGAACAAUCAUAGUUCAUCCCAAUCCAACUCCGAUGCAAGAAGAUGAUGAAAAUGAUGAAGGCAAUGAAAGCGAUGAGGAUUACUACAUUAGGGGCGAAGAAGAAGAAGAAGAGUCCUCUCCACCUCGUGUUUCUUCCCAAAAGAAAAAGAAAACGGUCGAGGUUCGCAAGAGUGAUAGGGUUAGUAAACCGGCCAAGAAGUAUACUCCCGGCGAUGGGGCUACAAGGAAGAAAAGGUCGUCAAAGUAA